AUGGCGUCGCAGUGCGGGGCGAUUAAACGUCUGCGCGCGCCCGCGUUCGCGGGCGUCGUCGUGGACGGGUUCAACUUUCAAUCCCCCGAUGACGUCGCGCGCGUGCUGACGCACUUUCACGCCGAUCAUUACUGCGGAUUAACGUCCUCGUACGGACGCGCCGAGACGACGACGAGGGCGACGACGACGGGCGAUGGCGUCGAUGCGUCGAGCGCGAUCGAUGGGCGCGCGCCGAAGAUUUAUUGCUCGAAAAUCACGGCGAGAUUAGUGAUCGAGGUGCUCGGCGUGCGGGCGUCGCGCGUCGAGGCGUUGGAGGUGGGAGAGACGACGAUUUUAGGGGACACGGAGAUCGAGGUGACGUUCAUCGAUGCGAAUCACUGUCCGGGGGCGUGUUUGGUGUUCUUUAGGAACGUGCGGACGAAUGAGACGCUGUUGCACACCGGGGAUUUUAGGGCGGCGAGACGGGUGCGAGAGGACGUACACUUGGCGCGAUGUCUGGCGCGGUGCGUCGACGGGGGGCCGGACGAGGUGCAUCUGGAUACGACGUACUGCGAGAAGAAGUGGACGUUCCCGGAUCAGGACGUUGUGUUGGAGGCAAUGCGUAAGAUUGCGGAGGAGGAAUCGAAACGGGAGCCGAGAACGUUGUUUCUGUGCGGGUCGUACUCGGUGGGAAAGGAGCGAGCGAUUCGCGCGGUGUGCCAGGGCGCGCGCACGCGAGCGAGCGUCACCUCGAGACGGAAGAGAUCGCUCGUGCUGAGCGAGUGGUGGCGGGAUGACCUGUUCGUGUGCGAGGACGACAACCCGGAGGAGGCGGCGAGGUGCCGCGUGCGCGUGUGCGGUCUCGGCAAGGGAUCGAAUCAUCGGGCGAUGAUGGACAUCAUCAAAAACGAGGCACCACGGUGGGGCGCCGUCGUGGCCUUUUCUCCCACGGGGUGGAGCUACAGGAAAAGCAUGGAAAAGGAUGGGGAGUUCCGCGUCGAACCAUGGAUCGAGAAUGAAGGUCGAACGCGCACGUACGCCGUUCCUUACUCGGAGCACUCCAGCUACACAGAGCUUCGAGAGUUUAUAAAAUUCUUGAAGCCAAAGAGGAUUACGCCGACGGUGAAUGCGAGCACCGAGAACGAACGAGAGAAGUUGGUGAACAAGCACUUCCUUGACUUGGUGGAUCUGAAAUACGACGUGAAGCGGAUAGACUUUUACUUCAAAAAUGGCGGCGUCGCGGAGAAGAAACAGAAGACAUCGGACGUCAUUGUCGUCAUCGACAGCGAAGACGAACAGGCGGGUGACGACGAAGUCAAGGUCAAGGCGGAGGUCAUCUCCGCCCUCGAUGGGGACGUGGACACGAUUCGUCGUCAGCAAGAGCUUUGGAAGAGCUUUCGAACUAUCCCGGCAAAGAAAUCUGCGAAGCCACUCGAACCUUUCCCUCUCGAAUGCGUCGCCGUCGUGCGUAGCGGAGCAUACGAACAGUUUCGCUCCCGAGCGCACGUGGAACAGCGGCUCAAGGAGCUCGGCGCAACGGUGAUGUCUCGAGUGACGUCCAACGUCACACACAUAGUCGUUCCAAACAAGGGUGAACUCGCCACCGAGGCCGCACGCCUGAGCGCGCUCAGAGAGAUGGACGAGUAUAAGGAUCAUCCCUCGGCGCUGCGUGUCACCGAGGCUUGGCUCAUGCGCCACGUUCGCGCGCGAGCGAACAACGUCGCUCCCGAGCACAGCGACAGCGCCAAGGCGGCGCACGAAAUGAAGAAAAGAGAGGAAAAACUCGCCAAGGCGGCCGCGGCGAAGCGAAAGCGAGAGGCGAAGAAACUCGACGCGAAGAAAUAG